AUGGGCGCUCUUAUCAACGAUGCUAAUGUGCUAGCAAGAUACACUGGUUAUUAUAAAGCUGUUCAAUCCGCAGGUGGUGCUAUAUCUUGGAGAAUUGAUGCUGUUGAAACUUUCUAUAUUGCCCCAAUAUUAAGAACUAAGAAUAUUAAUUACGAUUCAAAAAAUUCUGAAGAAAAAGUUGUUCUCACUGCGACAAAGAGUUUGGAAGUUAGUUUAAAAUGGAUG